UUCCACAGCCGCGUCCGAUCGGUUCGCGUGCACUGGAAUCGAAACGGAAUCGUUCGCGUUCCAUGGGAACGUGCAAAUAUGCAAUUACGUAAGACCGAGCGAUCCUCUCUCGGUCGAGUCGCAUUUUCAGGUGAACGCAAAAUCCUCGCUCGUUUCGUGGAACGCCGUUAAUCGUUCAAUGCGAUCGCGAUAUAUUACUAUGUCAUCGGGCAGGAACGAACAAUACUGUUUUUCGUGUUUGUUAUUCAAAUGAGACUGCGGCUGCUUCACGCAAGACGAACUCGGCGACGUGUAAUCGUUUGCUGAAAUCAUGAAUCGUAAAUACGGAGCAGAAAAUAUACGAUCGGAUUUUUUCUCGUUCCAAUUAAAUCGGACGGAAAUUCUUGAAUUAAAAACUGAAUGGAACGAUUAUAGACAAGAUUUACGAGGUUGAUUUUAAAUACAUGGAAGAGCUCAUUAAAAACGUGCAAUUUUCGCAUACUUUUUGCAGUACAUCAGCACCGCAUCUGGUAGUAAUAGCGACCUGUUCUUAUCGCGGUUGCUCGUUCCUUUUUUAUUGCAAAAACACGAGUAGACACAAUGAGGAGACGCGCAGCGCGAUAUUUGCACUUCUAAUUGUAAGAUCUUGCUCGAUCUUUAGUACGCAGCUCGCAUUUCGUUCGCCUCGCUUGACAAUCACAUUUCGUUACGCUCGGCUUGAGAACUUGCGAUAAUCACCGAUGACGUGUUUAACAAAGCAAAAACAAAACUGUUUUAGAUGCAAAUAUCUAAUCACUGGUUUCAUUUAUCGUGCACGUCAAGGUCCGUCACAAAUAUUAUUUCCGUAUUCUAAAGGAUUUUGCGAGCGGCAAUUGAAAAAUAUUUAUAUUAAGCAAUUUGAAUGGAUGAGUAUUCAAAUUAUUGGACAGCUACUUCUAUCAACUGCGCCAACAGAACAACGCUUGAACGCUGUAGUUCUCACAAAAUUAUCAUGUUUCUCAGCCUGAGGGAAAAUAAACCUAGUGAAGAACAGUGAAGAAGAGCAGCGAAGAGGAGGUCGAUGAUGGAGCUCUAACCUACGAACAGUAUAAACAAUAAAUAUUACUCGUUAUUUAACUAUGGGGAAAACAUCGAAAGACAAACGAGAUAUAUAUUAUCGUAGAGCUAAAGAGGAAGGAUGGAGAGCGAGGAGUGCUUUCAAAUUGCUCCAAAUAGAUAACGAGUGCCACAUUUUAGAUGGUGUGAACAAGGCUGUGGAUUUAUGCGCCGCACCAGGUAGCUGGAGCCAGGUUUUAUCGCGAAGAUUAAAUGAGAAUUACAAGAAAGAACUGGAAGCAGGAAAUGGAAUACCACCAAAAAUAGUUGCUGUUGAUCUCCAAGCUAUGGCACCGUUGGAAGGAGUAAUCCAAAUUCAAGGAGACAUUACUAAUAUUAAUACUGCCAAGCAAAUCAUUGCUCAAUUUGAUAAUGAACAGGCAGAUUUGGUAGUUUGCGAUGGAGCUCCUGAUGUUACAGGUUUACACGAUAUGGAUAUUUAUAUUCAGGGCUCAUUGCUAAUGGCAGCUCUUAACAUUACCACGCAUAUACUCAGAGAAGGAGGCACGUUCGUAGCAAAGAUAUUCAGAGCCAAAGAUGUCGAUUUACUCUAUGCUAAGUUGAAAAUAUUUUUUCCUUACGUAUACUGCACGAAACCGAGAAGCUCCCGCAAUUCCAGCAUAGAAGCGUUCGUAGUUUGCAAGGAUUAUUCACCACCAAACGGUUACACUCCUCACAUGCUUAAUCCACUCUUAACUCAUGAAGCAUACAACUCUAGUGAGCUCGAAGGAAUUAACAGGGUGAUUGUCCCGUUCGUCGUUUGCGGUGAUCUUAGUCAGCCGGACUCAGAUACGUGUUAUCCACUGGAUUUCGAAGGUAAAGAAUACACGUAUCACGAUCCGGUACAAACACCGAUCGCACCGCCGUACGAGGAAGCAUUGGCGCUGUUGGAGAACAGAGAUACCGAUUUCAGAAGAUCCGACGUCAGUGUCGUGGUAGACAAUAUGAAUUCUAUGACCAUUUCGGAUUUCAAGAAACAAGCGAAGCAGAAACGUAAGGGGAUGAACGAGUGUGAAACGAAACCGAAAGACAGCAAGGAAGCUGACUGCGAAGAUGCAUCAGGAAAUAAAGAAAUAAUAGACGACUGCGAUGAUUGUAAAUACGAUAGACCAUGAAAUCGUAUAUUAUAUUCCGACCUCUACAGACUAUAUGUUAAUUAAUUAACGAUAUAACGUUUUCUAUAAAUAUGCAGUUGACUUAAUAAGAAAAUUAGUUUCA